AUGAAGUGGGUCUGGGCUGUGUUCAAAGCUCGCCCGUACAUCAGUAACAUCCUGGGAUACACAGCCCUGUUCGCCUCUGCUGACCUCGUACAGCAGAGUGUGCUGGGUGAGAAACCAGCGGCAGGAUCCACAUCAGAGGAUUUAGUAGGAGUCGACUGGCAUCAGACGGCUCGAGUGGCGACCGUCGGUUUAUGUUUCCACGCCAACUUCAACUAUCACUGGCUUAGAGGGCUGGAGAAGAUGCUGCCAGGAGGCGGAGUAAAGGCAGUAGCUGGGAAGGUGGUGGUGGAUCAGCUGAUUGCGGCUCCUCUCACCAUCAGUGCCUUUUACAUUGGUUUGAGUUUACUUGAACACAAAGAUGACCCACUUGAAGACUGGAGGCAGAAAUUUUGGACAUCUUACAAGACUGGGGUAGUAUUUUGGUCAACAAUGCAGGCAGUGAACUUUGCAUUCGUCCCCCCUGUGGCUCGGAUGGUGUUUCUGGGUGGUGUCGGCCUGGUUUUCACAAUCUUCCUGUGUCACCUCAGACAGCAGCGACACCAUGAACAGGAAAGAACCUGA